AUGUAUGAUAAAUCAUCAGAUUCCCUCUUCAUAAUAAUAUUAUUUAUUUUAUUUAUCAUAAAUUUAGACUUUACCACUGCGGACGAUUACAAUAGACUUGUAUUCAAUGAACCGGACACGUCAUUUCGGAUAUAUGAGGUGGAAACGUAUCGAGACGGGACGACCGUCGUUCUUCUGAGCAAAAGCAUCAAUGACACUUGCGUGGAGCCAAUUCUCCAUGUAAGGGUGGUUCACCCCAACGGCGAGAUGACAUCAUCUGACAUUCCCACGCAAAUUCCGGAUUUCAAUUUUUGCCUGGGUGAUUAUGGAAGAAGGAAUCCUUCGAGUUAUGGCCUCAGGGUUUACUCUUCGGUAGAUGGCAUUCUCUUGGUCACCUAUUUUAACACUUCGGACGUAACCCAGAAUCCGUCGGUAUAUGGUUUGACGAUCUCGUUUGAGGGAAAUAUUCUUUGGAAUAAUUAUAUUGGCGCAGGUUACGUCAAUGGUACCAAGCUGAUGUAUCCUAAUAAAAUCGAGAUAUCCAAAUUCAACCCCCUGAGUGGGAUGUUUCGCUCGGAGUUAAGAAUGGGAUCGAAUAAAGUCGACUGGUUUUUUUAUAAUGCACCGGAUGCACAAGGAAAAUUUGAUUUGGUGAAUGGUGGAAGCAUUUCUGUGCAAAGUCUUGGGGAUGAUGCAUAUCUGCAACCCUUUCACACCAUCGAUGGUGGAUACGGUAUUAUCAUAGCCUACACCAGCAAUGAUCAUUCUUCGACCGAAACGCAAUUAUCCAUGUACGCAAUAUUCAUUCAGCCAGUCACCGGAACGGUUUCAGAUACUCAUCUAGUGUACAGUAAUUCAUUUACAUCUCUGGAUGUGAGCGAUAUUUCUUGCGCUGUAGAUUACAAUAGUCAGGGACAGGUUUGCUUUGUGGUUGCCACAGGGUUUCAAAAAACUGUUUUCGGAAUAGAACUCACUUUUCUUCCGUCGGGGAUUUCCAACUCGAGUCAGCAAUUGGACAUUAAUCUCGCAAAUGUAGUUUACACAUUCACGGAACCUCUCUUUUUAGGAGGCAAGUAUUCAGGCAGUUAUCUCUUUGUUACCGAGGACACUUCCGGUGUGGUCAACGGAUAUUUGUUUGACAGUCAAGGCAAAAAUGUGAUGUGGAAGCUACCAAGUUUGACCGUCGAAGGCACCGGACGAAGGCAUGGCGUUUUCAAAAAUAACACUGUCGUGGCGGUGACAAGAGAUUAUGCCACCUCUUCGGCGUGGAAUCUAUUUUCCACCGAGUUAUCGAAUUUCACCAGCAGUGACCAUGGCUACUAUAAUCCAACCGUCUUGAGCACGACUCCGUCGAUACGCGGGACGACCAAGAUCGGAACAACCCUUUUAUCCAUAAAGUUUAACAUCCCUGUGCAACUUUCGGAGAAAAAUGUAUCCAUAUACAUGAAAGGUGACAUAAAUUCGGGUCUUAUUCUUAGGGAGGUAUAUUCUGGGCAGUCGGGUCGUUGUUAUCUCAGUGAAUUAGACAACACCACAUUAAUGUUGAACACGUUAGAAAGUACUUUCAAUCGACCGGGUGCCGUUUAUUAUGUAACAGUGGAUGAUAACUUUACAAUUUCUGCCGAAUCACGUAGACCUCUGAUUGGUGUCCCCCCAGAUUUUUGGAAUUUUCAAACAGAAACCAUCGUUGAUUUGCAUUCAGAUCAAAAAAGUGGACUUGUGCGUCUCACCGCGUCUGGAACAAAGUAUUUUCAGACUCUAUCGUCCAUAGAAAAAAAUGCAUUUCUGUUAAAAUUGCGCGACCAACUUUCCGCCAUUGCUCCAGUAAAAGCCGAUCGCCUAUCACCCAAUGAAAAAUACCAAAUGUCUGCCGGCUAUUCGGGAUCACAGAUCAUGUUUUCUUUCAAAAUAUCACCUGAUUCGAAUGACACCGGACCUAACGUUCCGCGCGUCAUCAACGACUUAGAUACCUUGAUAAGGAACAAAUGGAUCACUGCGGGGAACAAUCUGAUCAUCCUCCGUACUACAUUGUUUGUUUUUGAUUUUUGCAUAGACCUCACAUUCCUCCUGAAAGAUGGUCGCACCGUCGAAAAUCUUUGGGUUCCCACUCUUAUGUUAUUUAUAGUACCAAAGGUCUCAAACGUGAUCCUAUCAUCCGUAAUAAUUUACCGAGAGUUUUACAAGAAUUCGUUAUUUUACUCAUGGCUCACAGAGUUCCCACAGGUUUUUGCGAUCAUCAUUCCACUAUCGCCGAUUCGCGUUGAAUGCUUGAAAAUAAUCAAUUCCAGAAUCGCAAGAUUCGAUGUUCUGCGUGCCCCACUCUCGUCAAAAUCCGAAAAUCUGAUAUUCUGGUCUGUCAUCUUUGCAUUCCUUAUCGAAGACAUACCACAGCUUAUCGUUCAGCUGCUCUACCUGACAUCAACAAUUCAAUACGACCUGAUCGCACUAUUGGCUUUAAUAUCAUGUAUUAUAACGAUAUUGCAAAUCAUAAUAAUGAUUGUGUGGAAGUCGGUCAAAAACAAGAAGAAGAUGUAUCAUCUGGAAAAGCUCGGAGAUGAUGAUAAAAGUUUAGGGAGCACAUUGCAUCCGUCCGAUGAAUCGACGCAGACCAUGAAUGACUCAAAAAUUGCCGAAAAAAUGAGUAUCAAAUUUAGUCACGAGACUAUGGAUCACGAUUCGGACACAUACGUCCCGAGACUUGACGUGUCGGAACAAGACGAGACGUUAUUGAGAUACAAUGCAAGAGUUCUGAGGAGAGGUAUAUCGCAUAAUGAUUUUGGACACUAUCCGUACGAGGUACAAAUUAUGGAUAUGCAACCAAGGCCAAAAAGUUGGAACGAUAUAAUAGGUGGUAGCAGUGGAGAACUCGAGGAUGAUGAGACCAUAAUCAUAAAGGAAAAUGAGAGCAUAAAGAAAGUUUCUGUGAUCGAGAACAAUGUUGUGGAGUAUAAUGAGCAAAAGGGCGUUGUUUUGACGGUUGGAAAUCAGGUGAUACCAGAAGUAGAGGAAAAUGCGUUUUCAGAAUGA